AACACACAAAAAAGUAAACACAUCUUAUUCAUAAUUAAGUAAAGAAAAUCAAGAGUAAAUUGCACUUUACAAGAAUAUUCAUACCACCAAUACUAUAAUAAAAUCCAUAAAAUCUAUUGAACGCAAUCUUUGGAAAGAAUGCUAUAGCACCACACCACCAUGUGCUCAUAUUUUUCAACAUUUAACCUUCAAUCUUAACUUUCCAUAUAUCUUAAAGCAAACACAUUUUCUCUCUUUAUAUACACAUAUACUUACACUUUACAUACAUCUUAUAUUUCCUAGUUACAUAUUUUUGAUAAAGAAAACAAAAUGGAUUAUGAAUUUAACAAGAUAAACAAACAACGUUCAAUUUUGCAACAAAAUAAUGAGUUAUUUUCUAGCAAAAUUUUGACAAGGCAAUCAACUUUAGGUUCAUGCUCGUCGAGGUUUUUCUUUGGAGCCUCAGACGGUGUGCCCUUCCAAUGGGAGACGCAGCCAGGGAAGCCUAUUAAACCGCCGUCGGACGACAUCCUACCGCCCCUUAGUCCACCACCAGCGGUGCUAGCAAUGAACCUACCUAUGCCAUGUAUGGACAUCCUUGAUGAGCCUAAGGCAAGGAAGUGGUCUAGGGCAUGGCUAGCAAAAAAAAUCAAGACAACAUUAGCAAGUCAUCAUAAAAUUCUAGGACAUCCUAGAAAAAUGUUGUUCUCUAGAGGGUUACAACAAGAAGAAGAACAACGACGACGACAACAACAACAACAAGAAUUAGAGUCUGAAAGGUAUGAUCAUAGUGUAUCAGCUCGUUAUUCGAUAUCUUCGUUUAAAUCAACAUCAACAUCAACAUCUUCAUCUACUAAUUCUUUUAGGGAUGAGAAAACUUCAAGGAAUGUUCAUAGUAAAGCUUUGUUGCAAGGAAGGCCUUUUAAUUGUAAUCCUAGAGGGUUGAGUGACAUAAUUGUAUAUUUUGUGAAAAGGGGUUGAAUGUUGAUGUUGUUCUCAUAUGUGUUGCUUGUAUGUACUCUUUUUAUUAACUUAUAAACUUGUGUUUUUUGAGAUGUUUAUUAACUUGUGAUUAUAUGUAUGUUGUUCUUUAUGUGAUCCUUGUGUGUUUGCUUCCUUUAUUCAUGUUCGUGUAAUUUGGGAUUAUCAGAUUGAUUUUCUAGAAUAUUUGUU